AUCCUAUUAGAAAGAUCAACUACAUAACCAGCCAUUCCUCCAUCUCCAUCUCUUCCAUGAUCUCUGCUCAGAUUUACCGUUCCUCCUACCAAUUCCACUGCAACCUCCCCAGUGGUUACUCCUCGAUUACAUAACCACCAUCUAUAUCCUGAUCAUCGAUCGACUGACGUAUGAUUGAUCGACAUCCUCGUUUUUAUAGACUUCCAGACAAUCAGGGCAGUCCAGGACAGUCCCUCAACAAGAAAUCAAAGAUCCGGAAAUCAAAUCAACUGGGAACGAAAAGGAAACCGACCACAGGACCAUCAAGAACGUGAAAGAACGACCAGUUGGAAGAUCCGAAGGCUAAAAGAAAUCAAUCUUAAAAAUAAAAAAAUAAAAUAAAAAGAGAAAAGUAUUCCCCCAAGAAAAAAGAAAAGAAAAGAAAAAAAAAAAAAGAAAAAGAAAAGAACCAGGUCUGGAACAAAGUGGUGACUGAUCGAUGCGCUUGAUUGACCUCAUUCCAUUCCUUGGUUCUCCAUCUACACUUUCCUUUUCUACUCCUCUUGAUUCUCCUAUACUAUACCUCGCCCUGGAUCUUUCCCUUCCGUCCUCCUCCUCUUCCUCCUUCUUCUUCUUCUCCCCACCCUUACGCGCGCCAUGUCCCCCUUGAAGGCUCGCCAGUCUUCGCCCACCUCGGAUCAUUCCAAUUCAGAUGGCAAUAUCCGCAAAAGGGUCUGCAAGGCCUGUGAUCGCUGUCGAUUGAAGAAAUCCAAGUGUGACGGCACCAACCCUUGCAGUCGAUGUCGAGCCGACAAUGCCAUUUGCGUUUUUGGAGAGAGGAAGAAAGCACACGAUAAGGUGUAUCCCAAGGGUUAUGUGGAAAUGCUCGAACAACAACAGCAAUGGCUGGUCCGCGGCCUCCAAGAACUCUAUCGCCGGGCCUGUCGAGGGGAAGGCUGGCCGGGAGAACCGCUGAGAUGUGAACCCAACGGACAUCCCCUCACCCACGACCUCCUCACCCGACUCCGCGCCCUAGACUGCGGCAAAGGGGAGCGCUUCGAAGAGAACACCGAGAUCAUGCAGCGCGAGUGCCUCCAACAGCACGGCAGCAUGCAACGGCAGGUCUCGUCCGCCAGCAGCCCCGACAGUGCCCAGUCCCCCGAGAUCCCCCCGCGCUUUGACGACCCAUUCGCACGACCUCAUAUGCCCCCGACACCCCCGACCUUUAGCCCGUCGCGGGCCCCGAGGAUCAAGACCGAACCACGUUUAGCCCCCCACCCUCCGAGCGGCAGCAACAAUAUCUCUUCCCCCUCCUCGGGCAAUCCCCGGCAACAGCAACCGCAACAACAACAGCAGCAGCCGCCGCCGCCGCCGCCGCCGCAGCAGCAGCCGCAGCACCCAUUAAAUCCCUCUCCGUUUGGUGGGCCGAUGACGAUGCCGGGGGUGGUCAACCCGCUCGCUUUACAAACAUGGCCCCCCGGGCUGGGUUCGUUGGACGAAAUGGAUAUGAUGGGGACGGCGGAUUACGCGAAUUUCACGUUUGAUGAUCCGAUGUCGUCGCCGAUAUUCGGUCGAUCGGCGGGGAUGCCUUGCACCUACCUGGAUGGCAGCGACGAGGUCAUCAAUCAAUACCUCAACCCGCGGGAAGUGACUUCCUAAGGACUACCCUAUCUUUCUUUACUUGCUAGAUUCAAACGAUGCGGGCCAUUGGGGGGAGGUAAUUGGGGCAAUGGGAUUAAUGGAGUAUGACGGCGUUGCAACCAUCUGGCGUUGGGUAAUAUUUUUAAUAUCAGGUUACUUUGGUUCUUUGAUUACACCGUGGAAUUUCUUCUGUGGAGGGUACACUAUCAUCUCCUCAUGUCCUCACUGCGAUGUCAGGGUGACGUUGGUUGAUACAACGGGUGACUGUGACUAAUCAGGUGGAAGACGUCAUCAUUAGCUCGACUCUUAACAGAUCAAUCAUUAUAAUGAUAAUCAUCAUGAUUAUAAUUUG